AUGGCGCUUCUGGCAUGUCUACUAUAUCUGGCCUCAUAUGUUGCAGCGCUGCCCUUCUACCCGGCGCAAUCGCCAAUCCUGCUAGAUCAUACCCAAGGCUACAAGUUUGACCCCCUGUUACAUCUUCCGGGUAUUUCCCCGUACUUCGAUGCCGUGGGAUUCGGCCUGGAACAUGCAGCACCGCCGGGCUGUACAGUCACGGCUGCAUCAUAUCUUGUUCGGCAUGCUGCUAUUUACGCAAACGACGACGAGUAUGAAGAAUACAUCAAACCAUUCCUCUGGAAGCUAGAGAAGCACCGCCAAGGCUGGUCUGGUCCUCUCGAAUUCAUGUCGACAUGGGUCUCGCCAAUCUUAGAGGACCACCUAGAGGACAUCACUCCGUCAGGUGCAGAGGAUGCAAAAAAGGUUGGGAGUCAUCUUGUCAAACGAUAUCCGACACUGGCACCGACUGUGAAGAAGAUCUUGGCCGACAAGAAGCCCAGGACAUUUGACACUGCGGUAGCUCUAGCAAAGGCGUUUCCGAAUCACAAAAACAUCGAGGUUGUGCAAUUCCUCCACAACCAUAACGGCAGUUUUGACAGCCUGAUCCCUCACAAGAGUUGCUCGGCCUUCAGCAAGGACCCGGGUACCAAAGAGAUGGCUACGUUCGUCCACCACUAUGCGCCACACGUGUCUGGGCGGCUGGCACGAUUCACCCCUUUUGACUUGAGUGACAACGACGUUGUUGGCCUGCAGAGUCUCUGUGGUUACGAGUCAGCCAUCAGAGGCGAACAAAGUCCCAUCUGCGCAGUCUUCACUGAUGCGGAGUUCUUUGCUUAUGAAUAUGCUUGGGACCUCAAGUAUUCCCACAUGGUCGGCCCCCUGAACCCGUUGUCACCGUAUCUGGGCUUCCCCUGGCUUAAAACACAGAGCGAGCUCUUUCAGCAACUUAACCACGAACCGAACAGCGGCUCGGCAACAGAUACAGGCUCCGGUUGGCCACCAUCCCAGCGCUUCUUUCUCAGCUUCACCCACCGCGAAGUACCACCCUUUGUGGCCACGGCAUUGGGAAUAUUCAACUCGUCUUCUUCAGCCGUGGAAGAAUUUCCUACGGACCACAUCAAUUGGGCCCGAUCUUGGAGAAUGAGCGAUCUCAUCCCGUUCCUAGGACACGUCGGCAUGGAAAAAAUGACAUGUGAUGGUCGACCCGGGCGUGAGGGUGAGUACAUAAGAGUCAUUGCGAACACGGCGCCCCGGCCGAUACCUAGUUGCCAGGACGGUCCUGGAGCGAGCUGCUCGAUGGAGCAAUGGACCGACAUCAUUACGCAGGGAGCAGAGAAGUACAAAGACUACGACGAAAUCUGCAGCAAUACUUCAUGA